UUUUCCGCACACCGGGACAGCUGGUGGCGUGGCCACGCGCGGAAAAGGCUGCUUAAAAGGAAUCCGAAACUUAUCAGUACAAAUAAUUAAAAAAAAGAUGGCAAGACGUGCAAUGUCUCUCCUUCCACGGUGGUCCUCUCGUGUUUUCUUAGUGGAUCUGGACGGAGCGCCUCUUUAUUUUGGGAUUCAAGAGGAGCACUGGGAAGAAAAAGCGCCACGAGUUUUCCGCCAAUUCCAAAAGCAGGACAAGUACUAUUCUCUCCUCGUCUGCAGCCGGGACAGAAUCAAAGGGGCAAAGUUUUACGCGGAGCUGAAAGACAAACUGCUGAGAGACUUGCCGUCGGGGUGCGAUCUGACCACCAUCUGCUCAUUUUUGCCAAACGUCAGAGACUCUCUCAUCAAGGGUUAUUUCUUAAAAAGCAAUACUGAAAAUUCCCCCCAGAUAGAGCGACUUUUAAGUCAAUUAGAACAGCAUGACCCAGUUUUGGUGUGCUCAUACUCUGAAGGUGAAGACGAGCAGUGGACCCAACAUCUGUGGUCACGCGCAGAGAGCAAAGCGACGGCCAGUGCAAAGCAGUACUAUCUGGUGUCAUCAGAUGUGCCGUCAUAUCACCCAUCUACUCUCAACAUUAUCAACUCCGAUGUUUUCUACAGCUUUGAUGAGGCCUAUGACGUUUUAAAAAAGUGUAGUGACAUCAUCCCUGAGGCCAUGUCUGUACUGGAGAAGCUUCCCAGCAGAGUGAAAGCCAGAAGAAAACCAGACUUCCCUGUUAUUGUCAUAGAGGGUCUGGAUGCCACAGGCAAGACUACACUGACGGAGUCUCUUAGGGAUACUCUGGGGGCCACUCUUCUGCGAUCUCCUCCCCAGUGCCUCUCCCCAUGGAGAGCCUGCUUUGAUCAAGAGCCACCCCUCAUCCGCAGGGCUUUCUAUGCUCUGGGGAACUAUAUCACUGCAGAGCAAAUAAGCCAAGAGGGCAUGAAGACGCCUGUCAUUGUUGACAGAUUUUGGCACAGCACAGCAGCUUAUGCCAUCGCCACAGCAGUAAGCGGGCCACUGUGUAACCUUCCAUCAGAGGGCUCAGAGGUGUACCGUUGGCCCAGUGACCUGUUCCAGCCCAGCCUGGUGGUCUUACUCACAGUGGACCCUGAGGAGAGGAAGAGGAGGCUAAGAGGCAGAGGUCAGGGGGAGACUGAUGAGGAGCAAGAGCUGGAUCACAAUCAACUUUUCAGACUCAGAGUGGAGGAGGCUUAUCGGAGGAUCAGCGGCCCAGCUUGCGUCACUGUGGAUGCUAGUCCUUCUGCAGACCUCGUGCUCCAACAAGUGCUGCUUUUAAUUAGGGGCAAAUGCCACUUGUAAACAGUUCUCCAUCUCCCCUGCUGGCAGGCAAGCAUCAAGUGUAUGCAGUACUCUCAUUGACCACUGGGGGGCAGUAAUGUGUUGUCAAUGUUAUUGCGGGAGGGCAGGUGGCCAGAUUUAAGUGUGGAGAAGAGUUUGUAUUCAUAAUAAGUAAAGGUUGAGUGGCCAAGAGCCAGACCCGCAUGCUACAAACAGAAAUACAUAUGAAUGUAAACAAACAUACAUACUCACAGUGGAAUAUUGUUGAGAAGAAGUGUUUAUUUAACUGAUGUUUGUGGCCUCUAGAAAAACAGAUAUUGUAUAGCCUUCAGGCAUAAUGUAGCUGCACUUUUACUUGGGCUGACUCUGAGGAAGUCGAUGGAAAGAAAAAAAUGUUAAAAAAUGAGUUGAAUUUUAUUAAAGUUGCUAAACAAGAAA